AUGGCUCAAGAGGCUGCUGCUGUUGCUAAUCCACAACCACAAAACCAACAGGCUGCUGCUGUUACUAAUCCACAACCACAAAACCAACAGGCUGCUGUAACUAAUCCAGAAGCACAAAAUCCAGAACCCACACUUGCUGGUAAUGAUGAAGAGGUUCUGGAUUUGGGAAACCUCAAGAGUGAUGUGUGGAAUCAUUUUAUAAAGAUAAAAAAGGGAGAACUCAUCAAGGCUAAAUGCAACCAUUGCAAGAAGUUGCUUGCCGGUGAAUCUAAUAAUGGAACUUCGCACUUGAGAAAUCAUUUGAAGUCUUGUAUGCAAAGGAAGAUUCAUGAUGGGAAGCAAAAGGUACUCGGUGCUAACUUUGUCACUAAGGGAAAGAGGGAAAUUGUUGCUACUCAGUUUAAUGCUGCUGUUUCGAGGCAAGAUCUUGCUGUAGCCGUUAUUAUGCAUGGAUAUUCUCUGUCUAUGGUGGAACACUUAUAUUUUAGGAGGUUCUUGUCUGGCCUCCAGCCCUUGUUUAGUGUUCCUACAAGGAAUACUCUUAAAAGUGACAUUUUUAAGAUGUAUGAGAGUGAAAAGAGUAGGAUAAUGAAACUGAUUGGUGGUAACAAAGGGAGGGUUGCCAUUACCACUGAUAUGUGGACAGCAACCAACCAGAAAAAGGGUUACAUGGCUGUUACGACUCAUUAUGUGGACAAUUCUUGGAUUCUUCGAAGUCACUUGCUUAGGUAUGAUAUGUAA